AUGGAGGCACAACAGGUCUCUACAAGAGGUCAGCUAAAUUCGCUAUGGAGCGAGAAGCGCCUGAUUGCCAUUUGUUUCUUUAUUGCUUUGGCUCAAUUCCAGUAUGGAUUUGAUUCCGCUGCCGUUUCUGGCUUCCAGUCCAUGCCGGGUUUUCUCAUUGUCUUUGGUUAUGCUGAUCCCACGAACCCAAUCGGCUACAACAUCACCACCAAAGUCCAGACCCUCCUCCAGAGUCUCAUUAGUCUCGGCGCCCUCGCUGCAUGCAUCCUCAUCUUCAAUUUCGGCCGGUUCAUCAGCCCUCGAGUCGGCCUCUGGAUUGCAUCGCUUUUCGGCGUUGUCUCAAUCGCUGCACAAAUGGGAAGCACGCAUCUUGCUGCGUUGUACUUCGGCCGUGUCAUGCUUGGGUUCUCCAAUGGCUUCUACAGUACAUUUUCGGCUGUCUAUAUCGGAGAGUCAACACCAGCAUAUCUUCGAGGUGCGGCUAUUGGCUUGGUGGUCAUGCAGAUUAAUAUCGGUGCUCUUGUCGGUAUUGCUGUCGACAACGGAACUCAGACCAUGCUCAGUCGUCUGUCAUACCAGAUCCCUCUUGCGGUCAUGUUUGUCGUUCCAGUCAUGAUGUCUGUAGGCCUUAUCUUCUUACCAGAGACUCCUCGAUAUUACAUCUCCAAGGGUCAGGACGAUAAGGCUGAGGCUGCGAUUCGAAAGCUACGGGGUAUAACCGACGAUGAGAGAAUUCGCGAGGACAUUAUGGUUAUGAGGAAUGCGUGGUUGGAGGAAACUGAGAUGCGGUCUACUACUCGGCUGCUCGACGCUUUCCGUGGCACCGACUUGCGACGCACUCUCCUUAGCAUUGCGACAGCUGUUGGCCAGGCUAGCACUGGCAUCUACUUCAUCUCAGCCUUCUCGGUCUACUUCUUUGUUCAAGCUCGAAUUGGUUCGCCUUUCAAGUGGGUCAUGGUGUCUCUCGCCAUCGCCCUCACGGGAAAUAUGCUCUCUUUCCCCGCCAUUCGCUUCUUCAACCGUCGGCAUCUUCUCCUUGGCACAUCUCUCCUCAACGGAGGCUUGAUGUUGGGUAUGGCAAUUGCCUACACUGUUUCUCCCGUGGGCUCUCCAACUGUUGGAAAGGUUCUUGUCGGGUUGAGCAUUGUCUUUACCUGGGUAUAUGGUAUUGGCCAAGGUCCUGUACUAUGGGCCCUGCAGACUGAGAUACCCUCCCAGCGACUGCGAGCACAAACUGUUGGUUUCUCACAAGGCACAAGCUUCUUGGCUUCAUGGCUAUGCUCGUAUUGUACGCCAUACUUCAUCAACCCAGAGUCACUCAACUGGGGACCAAAGUAUUGUUACAUCUGGGCAGGCAGCAAUUUUAUCCUGGCAGUCUUUACAUAUUUCUUCAUUCCGGAAACUAAGGGCCGAAGCUUGGAGCAACUGGAUGAGCUGUUUGAGAAGAGGAUCUCUGCCUGGAAGUUCAAGCGUUAUGUCACCGAUCUGCAGCAGGCUGAUACAGAUAAUUACGUUGGUCGAAUGGACGCAAACGAGAAGGCGGGUAUGGUUCAGGUGGAACAUAAGGAGAACUAG